GGUGGGUCACAGCUUUUGGAAUGCUGUGUGAAGUAGCCAGACCCUCCUCCGCUCCGCAGUGUGUGGAUGGUCUGGAUAAGCGAGGCUAAAAUAACAGUGCUCUUGCCUCCUGUGACACAUUCGGUCUGUCAGAGCUUUGCCGUCUAUUCUCCGGAGAAGAGUGGAGCUUUUGUGGGGAGACACAAGGGCACUAAAGAGCCCAACGGCUGGUUGCAGUUUUGUCGACGAGUGUAUUUUUUAGAUAUGAGUCAGCGUCACAACAUAUUCAAGCUUGCCAGCUAGUGGUGUGUGAUCUGAAGGGAGCGGGAAGGACAGCAGAGAACAUGGAGCUGUCAGAUGGCUUCUUGCUGCAGGUCAACAAUGGAGAGCAGUGGUGUAACCGCUGGAAACAUCCCAACGAUGACUCGAUGUGUUUCAAGGACCGCAGCACCAGCCCGUCGGUGCUGCGCUGUGUUGCCAGCACAUGGAAGGAGGGCCUGCUGAACAGAAAGAGGCCCUUUGUGGGCCGUUGCUGUCACUCCUGUACACCUCAGAGCUGGGACAAACUGUUCAACCCCAGUAUUCCUUCUCUGGGACUGCGCAACGUCAUCUACAUUAAUGAGACACACACCAGACAGCGGGGCUGGCUGGCGCGCAGGCUAAGUUAUGUGCUUUUUGUCAUGGAGAGAGAUGUCAACAAGGACAUGUUCACCAGGAAUGUAGUGGACAACGUGCUCAACAACAGCAGAGUGGAGAGUGCUAUUGUGACAGUAGCCACAGAUUUGGACGCUGCAACCAGCCAGCCUGGCCAGGAGCAAAAAGCCAUCAGUAAAGUCAAGCAGAAAGCCAGGGCCUUCCUUCAGGAGAUGGUAGCCAAUAUCUCCCCAGCCUUUAUCAGGCUGACAGGGUGGGUCCUCCUAAGGCUCUUUAAUGGUUUCUUCUGGAGUAUCCAGAUCCACAAGGGCCAGCUGGAAAUGGUCAAGAAAGCUGCUACAGAGCAAAAUGUGCCCAUGGUCUUCCUUCCUGUUCACAAAUCCCACAUUGACUACUUGCUCAUUACCUUGAUCCUGUUCUGUCACAACAUCAAAGCUCCACAUAUCGCUGCUGGAAACAACCUAAGCAUCCCUAUCCUCAGCACCCUUAUACGUAAACUUGGAGGAUUCUUCAUACGACGGAGAAUGGAGGAGACAGGGGAUGGGAAAAAAGACAUUUUGUACAGAUCACUCUUACAUGCGUAUACAGAGGAGUUGUUGCGUCAGCAGCAGUUUUUGGAGGUCUACCUAGAGGGUACCCGCUCCCGCAGCGGUAAGCCGUCUACGGCGCGUGCAGGCAUGCUGUCCAUCGUGGUAGACACAAUGUGCACUGGGUCGAUCACAGACGUACUGGUGGUGCCAGUUGGCAUCUCUUAUGACCGUAUUCUUGAGGGCAACUACAAUAGCGAGCAGCUGGGCAAACCUAAGAAGAAUGAGAGUUUGUGGGGAAUCGCAUGCGGAGUGUUUAGGAUGCUGAGGAAGAACUAUGGUUGCGUCCGAGUUGACUUCAACCAGCCCUUCUCCCUAAAGGAGUACAUGGACUCCCAGAGAAGCCGUCAUAUUCCACCACAAGUGUCCCUGGAGCACACCUUGAUGCCCAUCAUUAUUUCUGCACAACCCGAUGCUCAGCUGUUUGAGGGGCAGGAGGAGGAGGAGCAGCUGAACAGAGAGCUGCCCGAUGACAUCUCAAGGCGACAUCUUAUUAACAACCUGGCCAAGCACGUCCUCUUCACGGCUAAUAAGUCAUCAGCAAUCAUGUCCACCCACAUCGUAGCCUGUCUGCUGCUGUACAGACACAGACAGGGGGUGGUGCUGUCCAAGCUGGUGGAAGACUUCUUCAACAUGAAGGAGGAGAUCCUUUCUCGGGACUUUGAUCUGGGCUUUUCGGGGAACUCAGAGGAUGUGGUCAUGCGGGCCCUCCACCUGCUGGGAAACUGCGUGAAUGUGACCAGCAGUUCAAAUCGCAAUGGAGAGUUCACCAUUGCACCCAGCCAAACAGUACCAGCUCUUUUCGAGCUCAACUUCUACAGCAAUUGCCUUUUCCAUGUCUUCAUUUCUGAUGCAAUCAUUGCCUGCAGCAUCCUGUCACUGCAGCGAGAGCUGAUAGCGGAAUCAGAGUCUGACCAUCCACCCGAUGGUCUGAGUAGCCUCCCACUCAGUCAGGAGAGACUCAUUCGCAAGGCUGCUGGGCUCUCGCACUUUCUUGUCAAUGAGGUGACAGUGGCACCACCCUGUCAGACGAUUUACCAGGUUUUUCACGAUGCAGUGACCCGGCUGAUCCAGUAUGGAGUUCUCUAUGUAGCAGAGGAGGACCAAGAGGAACUGAGUCCCAGCCCCACAGAGGAACCAUGGCCCAAAAAGUUCCCUGAGCCCCUUUCCUGGAGAAGUGAUGAGGAGGACGAGGACAGUGACUUUGGAGAGGAGCAGAGAGAUCGCUACCUAAAGGUGAGCGUUUCCGCAGAGCACCAGGAGUUCUUCGUCUUCCUACAGCGACUUGUCAGCCCUGUGCUGGAGGCCUACAGCGGCGCUGCCAUCUUUGUCCACAGUCUGAGUCAGCCCAUGGCUGAAUCAGACUACACCCAGAGGCUCUUCAGAUACCUGCUCACCCGCACAGAGAGAGGAGUGGCUGCUUAUGGUGAAAGUGCAACUCAUUACCUGGUGAAGAACACAGUGAGGACAUUCAAAGAGCUUGGGGUCCUAAAGCAGAGAAGAGAGAACGAGGUGACAACUCUGGAGCUGAGCAGCACCUUUCUACCUCAGGCCAAUCGGAACAAACUCCUGCAGUACAUCUUAGGGUUCACCCUGCUGUGACCAACAAACCCUUCAGCCCAGCUCAGUCCCCAGGCUGCUUCCAAUUAAGGGCUUCUACUGGUUACUUCUAAACAAUCCCAGGUGCUACUCUGUGGAAAGCUUUACCAGGAAGUGCCUUCAUGUAACAGCCGCUAACUGUUAGCUGUUAGCCGGAAGAGACUUGAAGCCAGUCUUCCUUUUUUGUUCCAGUCUAGGACUCCGUGUCUUAGAACUGUGCAGCUGAUAAACACAUGUAUAAUUCUUUGAAGAGGUACCUCUAGGGAUCAUCUGAUCUUUCUGAACUUUGCCAGUGAAGUCAUGAGGUUUUAAUAUGAUCAAAAUUUUGAACUAUUAGAAAAUGUAUUCAAGCAGGUUAGUAAAAAAGAAUCACUUUUACAGCAGUCCGAACAAAGCAAGCUGCCUUUCGUCUAUACAAGUAAACAAGCAGAAUAUGCAUUGAAAAUAAUGGCAAACAUAACUCACAACAAAAGCAUUUUUCCGUUAUGCACUCCACUAUCAUACAGUAGAAAAAAGUCAGUUGAAACACUAAUUUUGAAAACAAAUCUCUGUUAAUUUGCCAGAAUACUCUUAUUUGUGUAUUACUAGUGUCAUGGAAUUUAAAAAUGUAAUAACUUCUAUCUAAUGAACAGUAGAUAAAAUAAGAUUUGUCCCUGCAAAAUGGGUAUAUAUCCAAAUUUUCAUUUGCAAAAUUAAAUGUCAAAAUCAAAACCUUAAACAGCU